AAUCAAAUAGCUAAUCAAUAUUCUGUUCAUCGGGAGUCUUUAAGAAUGAAACAAAUCCAACCUAAAAACUAAUGUGAUCACAUUGAAGUUAUCACCUCUUCACGAAAUGUGUUCUUACAUACAAUGAUAUUGACGUGAUGUUUUUUCUUGCAAAAGUAAUUAAACAGCAUGCAUUGAACUGAAUCACAUAAUUCGUGGAUCUUUCUAGCAGACGACUAAUUGUUAACUCGGCUGGCACUUGAUCUUUGAUCACGCUCUAUGUAUUUCGUUUGCCCACUAUAAGGUAACGUUUAUGGGCGUGUUGACAUUCCGUGUACCUGUGUCUUGGAGUUCUCAGUAAUUGUUUCAUUAGAUGAGUAGGUGAGGAUGUCCUUUGAGAACUGACCAGACCGCGGGGUAUCUUUACACUGCAUACUAUGAACAACAGAAAAAAUUCUGUGGUCACAUCGAACAAGAUGACCGUCUUAGACGGUGGAUCCAGUACUACCAAUCGCUCAGCAAUGAUCAUCACCUCAGCCCAGACUGUGCGGGAGACCCCGGCCCCUUCACAGUUCAAGCAAUAUGAAAAUACUUACCAAUUAGGACCGACAAAAGUCACGUCCAGUUCAAAACUUGAAAAGAUUAUCGACGAAACAUUAAAAGAACAUCUGACAGGUCGGACUUAUACCAAUGACAGUAGUAGAUAUGUAAAGCUUAUAGCUGAUCAGUUAAAACAAAAGGCCAAGGAGCUCGGAGUUCCAAGGUACAAGUACGUGUGUACUGUGGCUCUUGGUCCAACCAGAAGCUCCACCCUCUCCAUGGCCAGUCGCUGUGUCUGGGACCCCAACGUGGACACGUUCGCUGAGAAUUCUUAUGAAAAGGACGGUCUGUUUGCUACUGCAGUCAUCUAUUGCAUCUAUACAGAGUAACGAAUCAUUAAAACUACAAGUGAAAGAAAAGUUUGAAAAAUGUCUGCUUACUUUACAAACACUCACAGACUUUGUAAUUACAAGGAACGGAUUCAAUAGGAUAAAGAGUGGACAUGUUUUUCCGUGGAUUUUGUCACUGAUUGUGUUUAUAUGUCAGUGAUUGUGUUUAUAUGUCUGUGAUUGUGUUUAUAUCUACUAAUUAAAUAUUUCAUCUAGAAAAACCAA